UCUACUGUCAGACUGCGCUUCACACAAGUCCAUAUGCAUGUGAAAAUGCUCCUGUGCUGGGAUGCUGUGAAAUCUAAAGCACUGCACAUGGAUUCAGCAUAUCAGAGAGCAUAAGAAAGAACUGGAUUAUCCACUGUUGGACAUUUCAGAUUGGACCAUCUGUUAUUCAUAUUCCACUGUGGAAGAUGGAUAGAUUUCUGCAUGGUACUAGUCGCUGAGACUGGACUUCAGUAGGGCUACUGAACUGGCCAGAGAUUGAUUUUUGGAUCUUUUAGUUGUGGAUGUAACAAGAAGCACAGUUAUUUAAUCAGUCCCUCUCUAGCAGGCUUUAUCAUGACCUCUCUAACAGGGAAUAAAGAAAGAUUUGGGACCAGGAGUAGAAAAUAUGGGAUGACCGAUUCAUCCCCUACGAAGUCAGCAUCAUUCUCUCCUGAAACCUGGUACCGAAAGGCUUAUGAGGAGUCCCGGAGCGCCAGUCGCCCGGUCCCUGAAGGUGCGGGCUCCAUGCCCGGGUCCUCUGGAACCCCGUCCCCCGGAUCAGGAAUAUCAUCCCCGGGCUCUUUCUCCGGCUCACCUGUUACUAUAUCGCCUGGAAUCAGCACCGGUUCGCCCGGUUCUUUAGGCGGAUCUCCAGGGUUCGGCACUGGUUCUCCAGCCUCGGGUAGCGGGAGCUCACCUGGUUCUGAUCGGGGCAUCUGGUGCGAGAACUGCAACGCACGGCUGGUGGAGCUGAAGAGACAGGCAUUAAAACUACUCAUUCCCGGACCCUACUCUAGCAAGGAUCCCUCCUUCUCCCUGCUGAUCCAUGAUAAACUGCAGGUGCCCAACAGCACACGCAAGGCGUGGAACGAGCGUGAUGGUCGCUGUGGGUCCAGUGUUGAUCCCUCCUUCUCCCUGCUGAUCCAUGAUAAACUGCAGGUGCCCAACAGCACACGCAAGGCGUGGAACGAGCGUGAUGGUCGCUGUGACGUGUGUUCCACCCACCUGAGUCAGCUGAAGCAGGAGGCCGUCCACAUGGUGCUGAGCCUGGAGCAGUGUGAUGUAUCUCCUGGCUCUCCUCCAUCCCUGGCCUCCCUGGUGGGAUCCCGCAGCAUCCUCCAGGGUCCCACACCACCUCGAGACUGGGCGUUCCUCCCUACAGGUUACCAUUCCUCGGCCUCCUCCACCUCUGCUACCGUUUCUGCCACCACCUCCAGUUCUACCCCAACAACCACCAAUGCAAGCAACGGCGGCAGCUCCCACCACCCAGCCUACCCCAAACACGGAUCCAAACCCAACAGUCUUGGGGUGAGCAAUGGUGUGGAGAAGAAGAACAACUCGCCAGGCCAUGCAGGAAAGUCCACAGGACCGCAACAGCCUCAUCUAUCCAGCAGCCCCAACAACACUAAUGGAACUGUGUUGAGUUCUGUCGCACUCCAAGCUCACCAGCACCUGGACGGCACCUGGACAUCUGGACACCUGUCAAGAGCCAAUGGCGUCACACUCUAUCCUUAUCAGAUUUCUCAGAUGGUGUCAGAAGGCAACCGGGAGGGUCUUAAUGAAGCCGCGCUCAACCGCUAUAACACCGACCGACCCAGUGCAUACAGCAGCCCUGCUGCUCCACCUCCUGCCCCGGUCACCACAGCGCCCUCCAGUGGCACCUCCGCUGCUGCAUCCUUCUUUGCCAGGCAUUAUGUCAUACUGUACUAUGGGAAAGACAUCCUCUCCUCAGUCAAGUGAUUCGUGCUCUGGUCUCUGUUGCCCGGUGGGGCCGUGAGGGGGCGAGGAUAUAGAUCAUGGGCUUUUAUCUGAGCUGGAGUCGAGUGCUGGAAGAUAGCGGGAGACGAAUGGCUCAUGUGAAACCUAAAAACCUCUCGUUUUCGUGAGAGCCUCUAAUAA